GCCUUGCUUCCUUCUCUGACCUUUCAGCGAUUUCCGCUGCCUGCUAAAGUCGGUUGUGUGUUGUAUGGUGGGACCGAUGGCCGCGUCAAAGCCCAUCGAACCUGUGAGCGGGUCCGGGCUGCCCCGGUGGCAGCUGGCGCUGCUGGUCGGGACUCCUGUCGUGCUCGGGGUCGGAGCCGCUUAUCUGUGGAGCCGCAGCCGGAGCCGCGGUCAGAAACAGCCGCCUAGUGAACGCAAUGAGGAGAGGAAAACUCCCGAAGGCAGCGAACAGGACAACAUGAGCCCUCUGGAUAAGGCACAGGUUGCUAAGAACAGGGGCAACAAGUAUUUCAAGGCUGGUAAGUACGAUCAGGCCAUCAAGUGCUACACUGACGCAAUCAGCCUGUGCCCCAAAGAACAGAAGACUGACCUGUCCACCUUCUACCAGAAUAGAGCUGCAGCAUACGAGCAGCAGGUGAAAUGGACUGAAGUGGUGGAAGACUGUUCUCAGGCUGUCGAAAUGAAUCCACGCUACGUAAAAGCUCUCUUUAGGCGCGCCAGAGCCCUGGAAAAACUAGACAACAAAAAGGAGUGUCUGGAAGAUGUGACAGCCGUAUGUAUACUCGAGGCCUUCCAGAACCAGCAAAGCAUGCUACUGGCAGACAGAGUGCUGAAACAGCUGGGAAAAGAGAAAGCCAAAGAAAAAUACAAGAACCGGGAGCCUCUAAUGCCAUCACCCCAGUUUAUCAAGUCCUACUUCAGCUCCUUCACUGAUGACAUCAUAUCGCAACCCCUUCAGAAAGGGGAGAAGAAAGACGAGGACAAGGAUAAGGAGGGUGAAGCUUCUGAGGUCACGGAGAGUUCAAACUAUCUGAAGGCCAAGCAGUACAUGGAAGAGGAGAACUAUGAUAAAAUCAUCAGUGAGUGCACUAAGGAGAUUGAAUCAAAGGGCCGACACACUGCUGAAGCUCUGCUGCUAAGGGCCACAUUCUACCUGCUCAUCGGCAAUGCCACAGCCGCCCAGCCCGACCUGGACCAAGUCAUCAACAUGCAGGAUGCCAAUGUCAAGUUGCGAGCAAACGCUCUGAUAAAACGUGGCAGCAUGUACAUGCAGCAGCAGCAGCCACAGCUGUCCACAGAAGACUUCAACAUGGCAGCUGAAAUAGAUAGUCGGAAUGCUGACGUCUAUCACCAUAGGGGACAGCUGAAGAUCCUGCUGGACCAGGUUGAGGAAGCAGUGGCAGAUUUUGAUGAGUGUAUUCUGCUCAGACCUGACUCUGCCCUGGCUCAGGCACAGAAGUGCUUUGCUCUGUAUAGACAGGCAUACACAGGAAACAGCCAGUCUCAAGUACAGACAGCCAUGGAAGGCUUUGAGGGCGUCAUCAGAAGGUUCCCAAAGUGUGCAGAAGGCUAUGCCCUGUAUGCUCAGGCACUGACCGACCAGCAGCAGUUCGGGAAGGCAGAUCAGAUGUAUGACAAAUGUAUUGAACUGGAGCCUGAUAAUGCCACAACCUAUGUCCAUAAAGGGCUGCUGCAGCUCCAGUGGAAGCAGGAUCUGGACAUGAGCUUAGAUCUGAUUAGCAAAGCCAUUGAGAUUGACAACAAAUGUGACUUUGCCUAUGAAACUAUGGGAACCAUCGAAGUCCAGAGAGGCAACUUGGACAAGGCCAUAGAUAUGUUCAACAAGGCCAUUAACCUCGCCAAGUCUGAGAUGGAGAUGGCCCAUCUGUAUUCACUCUGUGACGCUGCCUAUGCACAGACAGAGGUGGCCAGGAAGUACGGGCUCAAACCCCCAACAUUGUAACUCUCCACCACCAAUCCCAACGUCUACUGCUGAGCCUGAGUACACAUCUUAUAUCCACGAACAUUUGAGUUGUUUUAUUUUUGUGUAAGGUGUUCAUUCAUUAUUACAAGAGAGAUGGGCAGAGUCUGCUCUGGAGUCAUGCAAUUAUGUUUACCUCAUAGUAAACAUUAAGGUGAUUGAAUGGUGAAGAGGAGUCCAAGCGGGAGUGAGCCGAGGGAGAAAAAAAGACGGGGCAAAUGUGAAACGAGUUCUCAACUGCUUGGAAUUUGGUGGUGAAAUCUAAUACCACCCUUCAUAAAGCAUGCACACAACAUUGCACUUUGUGUCACUUGUUAUGUGUCCUUAUGAAAUCACUAAAUAAUCUCAAGUAUCCUAAUAUCAAGCUAUGUAAAAAACAAUAGUAUUAGUAAUUUCAGACAAAUUUCCCUAAAAGGCUUAGUGCUGUGUUUUUUUUUUUAAUCGAGUCACUAAUUCAUAUUGUCAUUGCGUGCACACUGUUGGAGAAAGUCAGUGUUUCUGAGCUUAUUGCUUGUUGAUAAUUCUGAUAAAUUGUUCCAAUGUUCUUGAGCAUUUGGCCAUUGUCACAUUAAAGGACUCGAUAUGCAUAACUGUUUUAUGAGACGUGCAGAAAGUUUUUCAGUUAACUUUUCCAGUCAUGUGUAACAUCUGUCACUUGGUGUGUCACCACUGUUAUUGACACAAUGAAUUUCUAUAACAUGGGGAAGAAUUUGGGUAAUAAUUAACUUUUUUCCAUAAACAUCCUGAUUUCUUUUCCUUUUUUAAAACUAGGGAAUUGCUUUUUUUCUUUUUAUAUUCUGUACAGCAUGAGUGUAAUUUCUCUAUUAAUAAAUAUCAUGAAGGCUCUCUCGCAGUAAUAAUGCCGUCCAGUAAGUUGGGUUGUUGAAAAGAGUGUCAGAAGAUCAGCUUGUUUGCGUAGAUUUGAUGUACAUGUUGUUUCAUGCAAGGAGGAAAAAAGCAUCAACCAAAACUGGUAUUUUUCCACUAAAUCGCUCCAACCAGUUGAAGAGUCUCUAACCUAAUCUGUGCACUAAAAUAUUAAAUUCAGUAAUUUGUCCAUUUAUUUAGAUGCAACAGUGUCUAAGAACAUGUACAUUCCCCACUUUGCAACAUCCAGUUUUCUUUUCAUUGCAAAAUAAAUUCCUGCUCUCUGGUCA